AAUAGUCAGCGAUCGACGGUAUGGAGCUGCGUUGUGCGCGGUGAGCAUGGACGUCGACGCGCCGUUGGUUCUCGUCGCUAGACAACAAAUGAUCUCGCGCGGGGCCACCGCAGUGGUUGCAACGCGCGCCAAGUGGUGCUCGUAAUGCGCGCUACUCGCCGCGAUUGCUACGUACGCUCGGAUCAUGUGAGCGCGACUCGCCGUCCAGUGGUGCUGUCGCCGCCGUCGCCGCUGGUGCCGCUGGUGCCGCUGGUGCCGCUGGUGCCGCUGGUGCCGCCCGUGUAUCGCGUGUCGCGCGUUUGCCGUGUGGAGACUGCCCUCGCUCCUGUAGCCAUAUUCACGCCGGUGUUGCUCGCCGAGACGUCGUCAUAUCUGCUGGCCCGGCGAACGUCGCACUGUCUCACGGCAUUCGGCCCACCGUAUGGUCGCGUGUCCACCGAGAGGCCAGCGUUGUCGUCGUCGCCGCCGUGCCGCCGAGUAUGCGACGGCUGUUUCCCGCCGUCCCGUCGUCGUCGUCGUCGUCGCCGUCGCCGGACGCGAAGCACCCACGUCGAUUGUCAUCGCUGCCGAUCGUAGCUGAGCGUCACGCCGAGUGUCACGGCGCGCCGAGGAACGCUCCGUUCGCGAGUAAUCUCGGGGUCCCGCGAUCGUCCGCGCGAUCGUCCGUCGUCGCCCGCUCGAGCCCGGUCCCACGGUGCUCCGGAGAUCCGCGAUCAGCCGGUUGCGCCGCGCACCUAUCCACUGUGCCUCGUCCCGGAUCUUGUAUAAGACAGAGAAAUGGAGCCUUUGCCAUGCUGUUAAUUCUGCUUGGAUGAAUUUCUUAUUACUGUACAUUUACUUGAAAUGUGUUUUUCAGUAUAUAAGUUACGAAAGAGUGGAAAUAAUUCUAAGGAAGUUGUGAUAAAAGUUAUGUUAUGAAAGAGAAUACCUUGGAGUGUACCUUGGAGUGUAUCUUGGACAUUGCCAAUCAGGAGAAUCUACUAAACUUAUACCAAGCAAGGCACUAUAGUGCCAAGCUUGGGUAAUGGAUCCCGUUGGUCCAUGGUACACGUAUAAUCGUCUAACUGCUGGCAGCUCUACCGGAACAUUUCAAACGACAGCGACUACAACUAGUGACUUUGUACCUCAUCAUUUAGCAACGGCUGCCACGCAGGCUGUGCCAUCGACAACGACGUCGCAAUUAAUAAUACAAGCGGCUCACACGACAGCAACUCUGGCGGGUCAACCGUCCCCUUUUAACCCGGGGGGGUUUUUAUCUCCACCCUCUGUGGGUUACGAAGCCCUCACCUUCUCACCCCUCUUUCAUUCUAACACUAAGCAGGCGCAUUAUGUUACCCAACACAGACAGGUACUUGCUCAGGCACAGGUAUCUGCGACAAAGCAAAACACCACUGAAUCCGAUAUCCCUACGUUGCGCGAGAAUUAUAGCUCGGCUCAUCAUGCUACGUUUUUCGAGCAGCAGGGAGCCUCGACGUCGCCUACGACAUCGACAUUGGCCUGGACGUCUCAGAACAAUACGCAGCUCCCCAGCCCAUUUGGUAUCUUGCCACAUGAGAGCGUUGUUCCCUCGUCUCCAGGCCCACCUUCUACAAAAUCUGACGGUACUGGCUAUGAGAACACGUUUAACGCCCAUUUUAGUACGACGCAGACCAUAAACAACAUUAAUGCAUCUCAAAUAACUACUCCGUCUGCGUGCAACGCCGAUUUCAAGGCGUCUGGUUGUCCGACUGACACAAAAAAAUCAAUCAGCGCGAGACCUCAAUCACCUACCGUUAAUGUAAAGCCCACUAUUUCCACGUCGCAAGUCAGCAGUAGUCAAACCUUCUUUCAUCAAGUUCCAACUUUUAGUUCCGACACGCUGACCGAUAGUUACUCAGGUGCUGGUAAUGGAGGUCAGUCCGCGACUGAGAAUGAAAAGAUGCAGUCGUCACUGCAACAUCAGCAAUCGUGUAUCGUGUCGACACCGAGCAAGGAAUACAGAAUACCGCAACCAUCCUCGAGGUCGACUACGUCAACGACGAUCUUUCUGAAUGCUCCGGUGCGAUCAGGCUCCACACAGGUCAUUCAGGAUAAGCAGGGAACGCGCAACGGUAAUUUUGCGUCGCCGCCUAACAAAACGGCGUCCACCGCCACGACUCAGCAGAAUAUUCAGACCAAAGCGCAGACCAAGAUUUAUCCCGAUCUGGCGAGCCACGGGAUCGAGCACAGACGCAACGAGCAACAGGGACAUGAUAACAGUCAGUCAUCCCCGAUUAGUUUCUCCAUCAUGGAAAGUCGCAAUUUGAAUUAUACUACAAAUAGUACUACUAAUUGCAACAACACCAAUGGCAAGCUUACGAGCAACCAGAGGGCAUCGUCUAACAGCAACUUGCAGUCCCAUCCUCAGCAGCAGCAACAAACGUUUCAUGUUUUGAGUCAGCAACAACAGCAGCAACAGCAGACCACAUCAUAUAGACAUUACUUGACAGGAUCAACGAGUGAUACGGAAUAUCAUCAUCCGGGAAGAUCCAAGUCUGCAACCUCGACGGAUUCCGCUUACUCGUCCAACACCUCGACGCAAAACGGACCCGACUGCAGUGUUGUUGUUCCGCGACGACCGAGUCCUCUUCAGACUCAUUCGCAGGCUAGUCCCUUGGGUCACGUACCAAGUCCUGCAUAUCCCAUGUAUAACAGUCCGAUGGCGACCAUGUCAUCACCGUCACCGUUGCAACAGCACGAGACCAACGGUAGUCAGUGCUCCAAUGGUGCACCGUACAAGGGCGCAGUUACACAGCAAGUCGCUCCACCGUCACCUUUGGACGUCACCGUUCCCAGGCCGGCGUCCCAGGGACAGGUAGCUUACCCGUCUGUGAUCACGCGAGCAUUGGGCGUUGCGGAAAAUAACAAGGCAGCUUACAAUGCUGAGGGUAAAACAUACGACAGGCAGCAACAAGACUUCUCGCAAACGCAAAAGCAACAGCAGGUCUGCUGGGAAAAUGACAACCGGCAAACGGCGAAUGGUGGCAACAGAAAGUUUUCCGUCUAUACUGGUGCGAAUGCGGCAACCAGCGACAUAAAUGCACAGAGCUUGCCGGUCCAGCAGCAAGUGCAGAGGCUUAUGAAUGUAUCGACGGACAGACAGCAGACGUAUUUCGAGGCCAAUCAAGUAGCGCUGCAAGAUUUGAGCAGCUGCAGGGGAGACCCGAUGAGCAUCGUAAAGAAUUUACAAACGCUGCAACAAGGCCCCUGCUUACAACAACACACGACUGCCCCCGCUUCGGUUGGCACGGCGGAACAGCAAAAGCAGGUUGAAGAACGGCGAAAAGCUGAUAGCGUCAAUAAAAAGAGGAAAAAUUUGGAAAAGGGCGGACAUGGUACACCGUUGUCUAAUGAGCUUACGGCUGGUACGACGAUGACGGAAUAUCUUAGUAGGAUACCUCCGCCCGCGCAUCAUAACGCGGCAAAUCAACAACAGCAAAAUGGUUACUUUGAGUUUGAACGGUGGAAUUUACCGCCACCGACCGCUAAGAUGUUCCCCGCCGCGUCCAGCGCCUUCGGCUCUCAGUCAUCACUGCACCAUUCGAGUAACUUCGUAGGUACUCCAGCUCAUCAGCACCAGUCUUUAAUGGUGCCGCACCAUCAUGCACCACCGCCCAUUCCGUAUUUUCCGGCUUUUCAUAUCCCCGCGGGUCAUCAUGCGCAUCACUCGCACGACUUUCAGUCCUCGGUCGAAAUAACGCCAAUAGGAUUCGGCGAGAACACCACGAGUCAAAACACCAAUUAUAAUCAAGAGGUCAGAGAUGAUCAGCCUAAAGUAAUCGUUCCUAAUAUUGAAGAAGAAUUAGGUUUCCUUCAACAGGAUCAGCAACUGAAUGUACAGAAUAUGAAUCAAAUGAACAAAGAUUUCAAACGGCCCAACAGAGACCCUAAUACAGGAUUUAUGACAAGCUAUUUGAAGUUUCUGCAAGGUGAAAGGGACCCUUCUCCGCCACCCGCUAUACGUGGUGGUAGGAAAGCCACAUGGAAUAGGUCAAAACCAUAUAUACCUGUCGAACCGAGUAAACCUGUGGAAGCUUCGAUUAACGGUGAGAGUGUUAAACCUCAAGAAAAGCCGGUAUUAGUAAAGGAGACGUCAGUUAAGGAAACACCGGCGAUAGAUUACGCUAAUGAUCCUAGAUACUUUCCUCUACCGAAAGAAAGGAAAAAACUAAAUUUUGAUUCGAGCGAUGAUGGGUUUACUAGUGACGAUGAUUUUCCAUUUCCUCCUAAGAAAACGGAAAAAAAGGUGCAAAAUGUAAAUAGUGCAAGCAAUAUUGAAGUUGUUGCUGUUAAACCAGAAGGAAAAGGUAGGAAGGGUCGGCCUAUUAAGCCUGGUGGACCCACGGAUAGGAAAAGAAGAGCGGCAGCAGCAGCUGCAGCGGCGGCAGCAGCUGCAGUAGCAGCAGAAGCAGAAAAGAAGUCUUUGAAGAAAACUGAAGAAGUGGAUCCUUUGCUUCUUCCUCCUAGACGCGAAACAUCAAGAAGAAAGGCAAAAGAGAAAACGUCAGUAAAACAAUUUUUAGAUCGUCAACAGGGUAUAGAUUAUUUCGAUAAUGAUGAGGAACAGGUAGAUUCCGAUUCCGAUCCAGCAUGGACACCUGCUGUAAAAUUGGUUGGAGAUGAAGAAGAGAAAAGGAAGAAACGUGCAAGACCUGUCAUCACGAAAAAAAUUAGAAAGAUGCUGGAAGAGGACGGUUAUUCGUCCGGGGAAGCGAUUAUUUCAAAAAAAUCAAUGAGGAAAAAGCAUGAAACGUCUUCAAAAAAUUCUAAUAGUUCCGCCAAACUUUCUUGCAGAAUUGAUGAAAAAUUAGUAGCAGCAGCAAGUGACGAAGAUAUUGAUAUCUCGCCAUUUAAGCAUUCGAUAGACAUCUCAGAAGACGCGGCUGGUGAAUUUGUCGUGAUCAAAACAGACCUAGAUGAAGAAGAAGAUCCUCCUCUCUGGAGGAUAGAUGGCAAAACAUUACUUCAAAAGUAUCAGCCAUUCAAAUCCAAUGGGAAAACUUUGUACAAAAACAUACCUACGUAUUCUGCAUGGGUUUCACAAAAUCGUCAUAUAUAUCAACAAGUGCCGGUGAAAUUCUGGCAGCAGGGAAAAACAGAAACAAUUGUGGAAUUUUUGAGGGAUGAAAUGAUUAUUGAUGACAGUGAAAACAUUGAUAAGUAUAUGAAAGAAACCGAAAAAUAUCAAGACAAUUUUGAAGUAUACAUACAGACAUUAAUUUCGCAAGCUUUGGAUUCUAAUUUUCUCACUGAAAUAUUUCAAGAACAAGAUGAUUAUUUUCUAUCAAAUGUUAAGGCUGUCGAUGAAAUAACAGAAGAAAGAAAACGUCGUCUUUUGUUUACAACCAAGUGGAAAACAAGUGUUGUGACAGCAAUAUCAACAUGGCCGUGUGUUAACGUCCUUAAAGAUCUGCCACCAUCGGAAUACAAAGGAAAAUUUUGUGCUGGUUGUCAGCAAGUAAAAAUCUAUGCAAGAGUUUUGCUUUAUGGACAGCCAUACAAUGGCACUACGUUAGAAGGUUCGCCACCCGAUCCAAGAAUACCUCACGAAAAAGACUUUUUGUUGUGCCGUAUUUGCCAAAAAAAGGUGGCCUUGUAUAAUAAGGUAGCUCAUCAAAAAUAUCUAAUGUUUUUGGAAUGUGCAAGAAGAGUGGCAGAUAAAAAGGUGGACGAUCCACAUAAAGACACUACAAUAAUAUUAAACGAAUUAUUAGCAGAUGAAACGUGGCUAAAUCAUCUUUUUAAAGAAGUGAGAAGUAUUUGGGCUGAAAUUGAUAGCAUGGAGCAGCAAGCCAAGGUUAAAGCAAAAAUAAAAUCAAAAGCAGCACUGUCGUCAUCAGUAAAGCAGCAUCAUAGAGCAGAGACAACAACAAGUGCUCCUACUGUACUUAUGUCUAAAAGGACUGCUGAUAAUAUUUCUGAUUCACAGGUGCCUAUACAGAAUACCGAAAAUAAUCCCCAAAUAAUAUCUAGUGACAUGAUGAACAGUGAACCAUCUUAGUGGUAUUAUGAUAACUGCUUACAACUAAUAAAAAACGAUUCAAUUAAUAGUUCGGUGAUACAUUUAAUAACACACACACACACAAUUGAUGUGACACAUGUCACACUAAUAUCAAUCAAAUGGACAUUUUAUUAUAGUAACAAUGAAAACCUUGUAUAGAUAUAGAUAUAUACUAUGAGACAUGAUCGCGAAGUGUAACCAAGAAACUAUAGUUGUAAAAAUUGUGUGCGUGCGUUUAAGUAAAUAUGAGGAAAUUCAUAUGUACACAUGUGUAAGUAUACCAAGCAUAUGUAACAUAUUCAUAUUUGGUACAGAGGUUUAGCUUUAUCCCAGAUUUUGCCAUUAUAGCAUAAUGAUAGCAUGAUAAUUAUUAUUAUAGCAAAAACUAAUAUUCAUGUGAAUAUAGACAAAUAAUUUAAACUUUGUAUCAUGAUCAUCUUAUACAUAAGCUCUAGUAUAUACAGGAUGAUUCUUAUUAAGUGACCGAUUUAAUUAUCAAUGAAGAUAUAUGGAAAACUGGUUUAUGCUCACAUAUUCAGUGUACUGAAAUGGAACAUCAUAUGGUGGAAACGAUUCUAUAGGUGGAGGCGCGCGUUGAGGACAUUGCAAGGUUAACUUUAUGUUUUUUAAUAAAAGGUUAUAUUUUUUAUUUCAUAAUAUCAUAGCACUUUUUAAGACAAGUUUUAUAGUAUAUGACAUAAGAACAUUCAAGGUCACAAACACAGAUGGUCACAAACAUGUGGCCACCUCGUUUACCUGACCUUAUAUCCCUAGAUUACUUUUUAUGGGAAUAUAUCAAAUAUUGUAUACCCUCCAAUAACUUGUGAUAAUAUGAUUGUUAAAACACUGGCAGCAUUAGCAUCGUAAUAAUAUGAUUGUUCAAAUCACUGGAAGCAUUGGAAAACGUUCCAUUACAUGUACUAAGAAGAGCAGUGAAUAAUUUGACACAUAGGAUUUAUCUGUGACAAGUCUAAAGUCAAAAGUUUGAACAUUCAUUGUAAAUGAAAAUACAAAAUACACAAUUAAACUUAAUUUUUCUAUAUGUUUGUGUGACCUGACUGUCCUUAUAUAAUAUACUAUUGAACUUGUCUUAAAAAGGGCUACCAUAUUAUAACAAAAAAAUAUUCCAUUAAAACAAUAAAGUUGACCUUGAAAUGUUCGCAACGUCUCCACCCAUAGAAUAAUCGUUUCUAUGAUGUCCCUUUUUGUACUGAACAUGUCGGUAAAAACUAAUUUUCCAUGUCUUCCAAUUUCGCUGAUAAUUAAAUCGUUUAUAUAUAUAUGAUGAUGAGAUCUGAAAUAUGUUGACAUAUUACGAUAAUAUGGUGCAUCAAAUGUCACAACUUUCUCAAUCAUAUUUGCAUUGUGUUUUAUUAAAUCGAAAUUAUGAUUCAUUUGUGGCUCUAUAUUACUUUUUCAGGAGGGUCCCGUUAGCACACAGCCCGAUAGCACACAUCCGCUUACAUCAAUCGUCGCCUAGGAACUUUCAAGUAAACCACCAAUCAGAGAAUGUUAUAUUAAAUUAACCAAUUGGCGAUGUGCGCUAUCGGAUCCCUCUCUGUUUUUCUAGGUAUUUUGUAUAAUUAUACAAUUAUUUACAUACAGCUUUCUUUACAGAAUUAUUUACAAUAAGUAUACAGGGUGUCUGACGUAAAAGUACCCUUACGAAAAAUGAUGGUAGAUUGGGUUGGUCGAAGAAGAAAAGCCAUGUACCAUUUUACAAAAGGGGGUACUCUUGCGUCACACACCCUGUAUAUUGUUUAUAAUAAUUUAAUGAAUACAGAAUUUGUAAUUGUCUCAAUUUUGUCUUGCAUACAUACAUAUAUACAUACAUGUGUAUAUAUAUAUACACAUAUAGGAUGAGGCAAUAACUUUGUCCACCUCGAGUAUCUCCGCUAUUUUUAGAAAUAUUAAGAAAUUGUAGUUACGAUUGUUAUAGGAUAUUAAAAGAGCCAUAAUAUGCUCGCAAUAUUUUUUCAGUAAGUGGAGGUGAUUUGUAGAUCUCAAGGUUACCUCCAUUUUUUAAACGGCAUGUUAUACAUUUUUAUUCUUAGUGCAAUAGCGUAUGUUGAGAUGUUCUCAAUGACCUAUAAUAAAUUUGGUUAUUCGCAU